UGGGGGGGGGGGGCCGGAAUGGCGGGAGUCGGGACCGCAGGGGCACGGAUGAUACCACGUUCCGGAGUGUUGUCGUCGGUUAGAACUAGCCUUGGAUUGCUUCGACGGUUUUUUGCUAAUACGUGCUACACCUACAUACGUACAUGCCUUGCUUCCCGCCUCAACGUGACGUAGAUGCCCAAACGCGUCGCGCCUCGCUUCUUGGCCCCGAGCAUGGCCGCCUAGCGCAACUCGCUGGCCGACGAUGCGACGUAGUGGUAGUAGUAGUAUCGCAUAGGACGGAGCGAGAUACCAGGCGGUCUACAGCGGGUCGGGCAGAUAAACAGGAACGCGAGCGGAACGCUACGCGAGACCCUCCUUCCCCGACGGGGCCAUCGUACACCCGUCAUCUUCGCCGCCGCGGAGUUCCUUCGCGCAGCGUAGAGUGUGUGUGUAUAGCUCUAUAUAUUGAUUACCCAUGCGAAUGCGUCUUCUCUAUACCUAUGCUAGUAGCUGCCCGGCCGUCGCCUCAUGCGUGCGUCGCGUCGAGAGAGUCUUCGCUGGUCCGACGGGGCGGGUCGGAUGCGCUCCUGCUGAUCUGCCGCCGCCCGGCGAUCGUGGUUUGCCACGGCUGCCCUUCGUCACUUUACAGGCCCCCAUACAGUAAGUACACUGUGGGCACGUCUCUCCCCACGAGACAAAUAUCCUCGUGUAUUUCGGGAGGAUGGUGGAGUGCGCAGGGGUUUUUUUUUUUCCCCAGCCCCUUUCCAUUUGGCUCCCGCAUCGGCCCAUACCUGCCUACCUCAAUCGCGGCGGCGCUGGGACAGAGAAAUACCGUUGCACAACCCUCUCCCCUGCACCUUUCCUUCUAACCGUCCUUCGCACCCCUUCGCUUAACUUCCCCCCGAACGAGAAGACAACAACCUGCUGUGGAGAUACCAGAGGGGGGGCCGACCGCACUAUCGGUCACGGCCUAAUCGCUCUUCCCUGUCCUCCAGUAGCUCGUAUGCGGGGCGGAAAGGUUGCC